CUCAGAGGGCUUCAGCGAGCACUUUGUGCAUCACAUGUCAUGCAUCACCCCCCUGCUGUCUCUCUUUCUCACUUUUUUUCUUCUUCUUCUUUUUCUUCUCAGCGCGAACGCUGUCGCACUCGUUCUAACACACCCUAAAUGACACAAGUCAGCCUCUUUGCCAUUCUUCGCUCUCCAGCAACACAAACAGUAUCUCUCACUCACAACUUUGGAAACCAGCAAACGCGCUGAGCGGUCUGCAAAGCUUCCUGUCAUCCCAGUGAACGCAGUAGAGUUUAACAAGGGCAGACUUCCUGUUACAUCUCCAGUAUCCUGAGUAUAAAAUUCACCAAUGGAUCUCCUGAUGACAAGUUCACAGCUGCUUUGAAAGCACCAGGAGUUUGUGACUGUAAAGUUCAGCCUGUAACUGAGACUCCAAACCAUCCAAGAUUUUUUUUCUUUAAUUCAACUGUAACUUCUUCCUAAGGAGGAAUGGACAGCAAAACUACGGUGGUGGCCCUUGUUGUCACCCUAUUAAUCCUCCUUCUUGCGCUCUUUGUACUGUACAAGAAGCUGAACAGGGAGGCCGAAGGGGAAUAUACAGUCCGACGCAUCGUCUACAAAGAAGGAGGUCUCAGGGACCAGGCGAGAAGUGCAGCGUUAGCUGUGGGGGCACGUCUUGGGGUCCAGCUGUGGCCUGGAAGUGAUGAAGAAGAGGAAGGGGAGGAAAUGCAGGAAGUCCAAGAUGAAGAAGAACAGGUGGAUAGUGGUGAUAGUCAGGGGAGUGACACAGAGGGAGAUGAAGAGGAGGAGGACAACGACACGGACCGGUCUGGUAAUGCUAAGGAGAAAGAAAGUAAUACUUCAAAUGAUAACUCAAGUAUUGGGAGUUCAGAGGCAGGAGAGCAAACCAAACUAAACGAUGAGUCUGAGCCAAAGGGAGAGACGAGUGAAGAAAAGGAGGAGAAAGUGGGAGAAGAGCAGAGUAAAGCUGAGGCAAGUGGAGGGCCGGGAUUGCUGAUAGAUCUAAAGCAGUUCUCUGGAAGCGCGAUCUGGUCUGAAGAAGGUGGUGAGGGUAAAGGUGACGUGACUGCAUUGUGAGAAUCAGAAAUAAUGAAUAAGACUGAGGAAUCUGCCAAAAUCAGGAUUUCACAAACACCAGCUUCAUCCUCUAAAUGUCUCCCCACUGCAAAUUCCUUCUAUUAGUCUAAAAAAAAUAAAAUAAAAUAAAAGAUACAUGCACCCACCCAUUAAACCCCAAAAGCCUUAAACUCUCAUGACCUCACAUGACCUCGUUUUCCUCUGGUCCCAGUUCAAAAGUCUUUGAUGAAUAAAGCAGUUAUAUAAACAUACAGGGGUGCUCUAGAUUGUAACUGUAAAGUGUAAAAAAACAAAAACAAAACAAUACUUGCCUAUACUUUUUUGUUUUAAAUGUUUAUUUUAAUCUACAUAAGAAAUUGAAAACUGGAAACUUUUUUUUAGUGUUUUCUGUUCUGUUUUUUGUUGUUCUUUAUGCCAUUUGUAGAAAUAAAAAAAGGAGUAGUAAUUAAAUAUAGUGAUAACAAAAUAAUGUUUUAUUUGUUUUAAUGAAAAACAAGUGAAUGUAACCCGUCAAACUUUCAGUCAACAUACAUUUUAUAUGCUGUGUAAAUGGUCGAAAAUUUAAUAAACCACAUACUGAAAAUACGAAUGAAUUGUAUACUUUAAAAAUAUAUAAAACAUGUAGUAAUGCUAUCGGCGGAAGCAUGUGUACAUAGCGUGAUCAUAGCAUGACGAAGCUAAAAUUCUUCCGUGUUUUAUGUUUGUAGGGUUUUAGAGGAAAAAACAUGCUAGCGAUAAGCCACAAGUUUCCUGUUGUAUGCAUUAACCGGAACAAAUACAUAUAAAUAACAAUAUAACUUUCAAUAUUAACCGGAACAAAUGCAUAUAAAUAACAAUAUAACUUUCGUAGUCGUAGUUACACCAAAAUCAGCCACAGUGGCGUCACAGCCAAGAGUCACAGAUAAAACCUCUUCUUGUUGGUUAUUCAGCCAAUGGGGAUGUAGCUCAGUGGUAGAGCGCAUGCUUCGCAUGUAUGAGGUCCCGGGUUCAAUCCCCGGCAUCUCCAAUGACUUUUUUUUCAACUUUUAUUUCCCUAUAAGUUGUAAAUGUGAUGUGAAGUGCAAUAUUGUCACAGAAGUCACAGAAGAAGAAAUAAAAAAUUUUAAGCAAUUUAAAGCAGUACGGCAUAACUAUAUCCCAAACACCGUCACCUCAAUGUGUGCACGAGGUGAGGUACGUUUGCGAUUGGCCCAAAGCAGCCCGUGCUCGAAUGUGAUUGGACGGUGGAUGCCUUGGAGGCGUGGGGGUGUUCAUACACGCGAGUGUCAAACAUUUAUUUUCGCCGGUCCAGUACCUGAUAGUUAAGUGAGAGCUGCUCGAUUAAGGCAUUUUGGUUGAGCCAAUAAGUAAAGCUAACUCUAAACUUAGUGUGCCGAAAAUUUAUUAGAGCGAUUAUGUAACACGGACACGGGAUUUUACCUCAAAACAAACUACUCUACAAAGCAGUGUUUUGUUUUGUUUUUUACAGGAGGAGACGAUUUAACGGGGAGUAGGAUGUUACUAGCAUCCGCCGUAGUGGUAUGGGAAUGGCUGAACGAGCACGGACGCUGGCGGCCCUACAGCCCGGCUGUCUGUCAUCACAUCGAGGCAGUCAUCCGGAGCGACCCGCGCUGUGGUAGUGUCGUCCUCGGCCAGGUGGACUCUCGCCUCUCGCCCUACAUCAUCGAUUUGCAUUCCAUGCACCAGUUCCGACAGGACACAGGUACCCUAAGACCGGUGCGACGCAGCUUCUACGACCCCACAUCAGCGCCAGGCCAGGGCUGGUUGUGGGAGUGGGAGAACGACGCUGGUAGCUGGACGGCAUACGACACUGAGGUGGGCAUUGCAAUCCAGGCAGCGCGCGACCGUCAGCAGCCCUGGCUGGACCUGGCGCCGCUGGGUUUCUGCUACCUCAUUGACUUCGAAAGUAUGACCCAAAUCAAUGGGCAAACUCAGCGCUGCAGACGCAUCCAGCGCCGUUCUGAUCUGGCUUACCCGCUGGUAUCUGGGCCACUACCCAAGUCUCACCAUGCCUGGGGGCCAACGUCCAUGCCUGGACACGGAGGACUUCUAGGUGUUGAUGUAUCUGGAGUGGGCAUGGGGAUCCGGAUGAGCAGCAGUGGGACUGGAAACGGGAGUGCGUACCCCAGCGGGGCACUCCCGGCUUCGGCCAUCACUUCUUUGGGACAGCCAUGCGCCUGUCAGCAGUGUAUGCUGUUGCUAAGUGUCAAAGCAGGCACCAUGUCGACCGCUCACACUCUCGGUCGAAGACCACCACAGACUAAACCACCAAGUCCCAAACUAAGCAGCCUCCCCAUCCCAGGAGGCUCUUAUUCACUAACCCUCCCUCGGCCUCCAACCCUGUCGAGGUCGCUUUCCCCCCACAGGACAUCCAUGGUUGGGGCGACAGGUGGAUUCAACAUAGGUGGAAUGGGAGGUGCAGGAGGUAUGAGCAUGGUUGGUGCUAGCAGCGUUGGCACUACAAGCCUUGGCUACGGAGGAGGCUUCACCCAUUCUCUUUCCCUUCUUGGGUCAGCCACAGCUGGUCUCUCCAUCUCCUCCACAAGGCCCCCACCUCCUCCUCUCCCACCACCGCUGCCACCGCCUCCCCCACCCUCCACUACGCUAUCAUCUUCCACCACCUCCACCCCUCACCCUUCCACCUCUGUCUCCUCUCUUUCCAUUUCCUGUUCUGCCCCCACAGCACCUGCCUCAGGGCCACCUCUCAUCUCCACAGCUACAUCCACCUGCACCCCAUCACCUUCUGCCCGUGUCCUGGGUCCAGUGUCUUCAUCCGGUGCUGCCGCUGCUGCUGCCUGCGCAGCGCCCCUGCCACCAAGGUCUAGCCUCGCAGGGCUGAGCCGUCCGGCGCUGCAGCGUAUUGCCAUGGCUCAGUCGCGCGCCCUUAUCGCCUCUGGAGUGCCAACAGUUCCAGUGAAGAACCUGAAUGGAUCCAGUCCUGUACAUCCUGCACUGGCAGGUAUAACAGGCAUCUUGAUGAGCGCAGCAGGGCUUCCUGUCUGCCUGACCCGCCCUCCCAAGCUGGUGCUUCAUCCUCCACCUGUCAGCAAGAGCGACCUCAAACCUGUCCCGGGGUUGGGCCACUGCUGUCGCAAGACCACAAAGAAACAGGCCCGGAAAGGCAAAACUCCAGAGGAAGUGGUGAAGCGCUACCUCCAGAAAGUGCGAAAUCCCCCAGAGGAGGAUUGCACCAUCUGCAUGGAGGCCUUGGCUGGACCAUCGGGCUACAAAGGUCCUGGUGUGGGUGGCAUCUCCAGGGCCGAGUCGGUGGGUCGUCUGGCACAAUGCGGUCACCAGUACCACCUGCAGUGCCUUGUUGCUAUGUACAAUAACGGCAACAAGGACGGCAGCCUGCAGUGUCCCACCUGCAAGACCAUUUACGGAGUAAAGACUGGCAACCAGCCACCCGGCAAGAUGGAGUACCAUGUCAUCCCACACUCCCUGCCUGGCCACCCAGACUGCAAAACCAUCCGGAUCAUAUACAACAUCCCUCCUGGCAUCCAGGGCCCAGAGCACCCAAAUCCAGGCAAACCCUUCACCGCACGUGGGUUCCCCAGACACUGCUACCUUCCUGACAGCGAGAAGGGACGCAAGGUUCUGAGGCUGCUUCUGGUAGCGUGGGAUCGUAGGCUCAUUUUCUCUGUGGGUACGUCGAGCACUACAGGUGAGAGCGACACAGUCAUCUGGAACGAGGUGCAUCACAAGACCGAGUUCGGCUCCAACCUGACGGGCCACGGGUACCCCGACCCCGGCCACCUGGACAAUGUCCUCGAAGAGCUCAAAGCUCAGGGCAUCACCGAGGAGGAGUGUCUACCCAGAGACUGAGCAGAGACAUUCACAGCACUGAAGACACAAGAAGAUACCAGGCGUGAGUCUUUAAACACAAUCCUGGGACGGGGAUCCGCAGCUAGACGGACCAGUUAUUUUCAAAAUGUGAUGAAACGAACAGAAGAAACUUUUACACCAGAUGAUGGAGAAGGACUAGAAAACAAAACCCCCAACAGAAAUGGCGUCAGCAGAAUUUGCUGCGACUUGAUUUUUUUUUUUUCUCUUACGACUGCAUGAGUCAGUUUUGAUAUGUACGUGGGGAAUCAUUUUCUUUCCUGAUGCAGUAACGGUGUCAAGGUUGCCGAUGUUACUCAGUGAGACAUUUGAGACCACUGUGCACAUACGAGUCAUUGUUAGUUUGUGGGGGGAACAAAAACUGUCAUUUAUACUGUCAGACUUCAUAUCAAGAAUGUAACUAAUUGAUUUUGUUUUUCUUAAGUGAUGAAGUGUUUACCACUCCUGCUGCUGCUGAACCGAAUGGAAGUGAAAUUUAAGAAAUUAAUGUGGGUUUGUUUUUAAAGUGUUAGUCCACAAGCAGAAGCAGAUAAAUCCUUCAAAUGUUUAACUGGAUAUCUGAGCAUGGAUAUUUGCUGACCUCUAGUGGUACUUUUCCAGAACUACAUUCCUUUUUAGGUUUGAUUUUUAACUUGUGUUCUUGUAUAUUAUGAAUACUUCAUAUAUUAUAUGAUAUCGGUUCCAUUCAUCCAUGUUUUUUUAUACUAUAAUUUCACAUUUUGUUUAAUAUGCUGUGUUCCAUUGUAUUGUUUUUGGGUUUGGCUUGACAGACAAAGACAUGGGAGGGAAGUUUAGAUAAGCUGCUGGUGUACCAGAGUUUGCCUGAUACUUUAUAUGCCAUUUACCAGCCCCUUUCUUUAAAAACAAUCAUUUUUUUAGUAUUUUUCUAUUUAAGAAAUAAGCUGACAUUCCUGAAUCCUUUGGCCCUGAGAGCAUGGGUGUAUUUAACAGCUUUCUAUGUCUUCUUGUAUCUGCAUUAAUGUUAAUGACUGAUAGAGGAAACCCUAUCGUGGAUUAAUCCAUUACCCCCCUAGGAGGCGUAAAUUCCCCAAAAGCUAGGAUUGGACCUCCUGCCUGAGCUCAGAUUUGCACAGUGUUUUUUACUUAGUGUCAAAAGGAAACAGCUUGUAUCUACUGUAUUUUUUUUUUCCUUUUUUGUGUAGGAUACACACCAGCCUCAAAUGCUCUAAUCACACUACAGAAUGUGGUCAUUGGUUGUAUUUGUCAUGUUUUGUUUUUUGCCAUGAGCGGUUCUAAAAGAUUAUCUUGAUGUGGGUCCAGCUUGGGCCAAAGUGGUCCACUGUGGACCAGGUUGUUAUGUUAAAGAGAAAUGCAGCAGUAUGUGUCAACAUACUAAUGUAGGCCAACAUCAAAAGCAUUUUUACUUUAUGAUAUUUUAUGUAUGCACUGUAUUCUAUGUAUAUGUUUUAUGUGCAUAAAUUUGCAUUAAACAUUUUUCUAAGGUUCAA